AUGCGCAUUGUGCAUCUUGCUCUGGCACCAGAUGCAGCAGCCAGUGUGCUGCUUGAUUUGACCGACACUGACAUGUACUUUGAAGGGUCAAGUCGCGAUGACAGACUUUACAAGAUCUGGGUCUCCUACAAAACCUUUUGUGAGGACGAGCGUAUUCCGGAUCGAGCAGCGCGACGCCUGUUCACAAAUCAGAUCCUCAAUCCAGGGCGAGGAAAGUUUCCAGAGAUUUCCCAGAAGGUCAUAUCAGCAAUGGCCGCCAGAUAUUUGUUGUUCUGGAUGUCCGGAUUUCUAAGAGGCUUGGUACAAGCUGGGUUCUCUGAGGAGAGAUUGAUGUCUCCCAUUAGCAAUUGUGCAAUACACUUGUGCCUCUUUGUUGUUUUUGCUUUUGUCUGGAAACAUCGAUCGCGAUUUGGCCCAAGGUAUAGCUCAGCGGCAAUCGGGGCAUUGGCUGCGAUGGAACUGAUCAUGCUGCGGGAAGAUCGCGUGAUGACAGAGCUCGCCUGCGCAGAGUUCAAACGCGCUUACUUGACCUUUCGGUCAGGUUUGAACUGGCUAGCAGAGGAAAGUUUGCAAAAGAGCCAGGCUCGUUGGAAACUCCGUCCGAAGAUACAUCAGUUGGCCCAUUUGGCGCACGACUUCUUACCCAUGAAUCCGCGGACGUACAGCAACUUUUUGGACGAAGAUUUCAACGGAAAAACGAAGCGUGUGGCACAGGCCACGCAUCCGCUCUAUAUGAGCAAACAGGUUGCAGAGCGGUAUGCUGUUGGCGUCACGCUCCGCUGGUCAAACCGAGGGUUGCGAUGA